CUGCAAAUCAAGGACUCCCUGACGGCGCCGAAAGAAGAUGGCGAAGGAUGCGGCAAAGGUGGAACAGCCUGUAAAGCCGCCGACGAUAUCACAGCGUGCUCAACCACGCCGUCCUCUGCCCUUCUUGCUCCUCUCCCUCGUCUUCCAUCUUCUCCUCACCGUUUCCGUCUUCGACAUCUACUUUACCUCGCCCGUCGUACAUCCGAGUCGUCGCUUUUCCCUCGCCGAUACCUACGAUGGCAGUAAAGCUGUACUUCCACCGCCGCCAGCCGAUCGCUUGGUACUCAUCGUCGGUGAUGGCUUGCGCGCAGAUACCCUCUACAAGGAGCACCCACCAGAGAUGGCUGCAAUGACACCUGCUGGAAGCGCAACCUCCGAGCCCUUCUCUGCAGCCCCUCACCUUCUCGACAUCUGCCUGCGUCGUGGCGCCUGGGGCGUAUCCCACACUCGUGUGCCCACCGAAUCUCGACCAGGCCACGUCGCCCUCAUCGCUGGCAUGUACGAGGACGUCUCGGCCGUCACCAAGGGAUGGAAGCUCAAUCCCGUCAAUUUUGACUCGCUGAUGAACGUCUCGACGCACGCCUACACAUUUGGCAGCCCAGAUAUUCUGCCAAUGUUUGCUGCAGGGGCGAGCGAGGGCCGCGUAGAUAUGUGGUCCUACCACGAGGGGGACGAGGACUUCACCAAGGAUGCCACGCACCUCGACUUGUGGGUCCUCGAUCAGGUGACGCAGCUCUUUGCAAGGGCGAAGAAGGACGAAAACCUCGCGAGAGAGCUGCACCGCCCCGGUGUCGUCUUCUUUCUCCACCUCCUCGGCCUCGAUACGACGGGUCACACCUACCGACCUCACUCUUCCGAAUACGUGGGAAACCUCGCUGUAGUCGACGGCAUCGUGCGGCGAGUCGAGGAGCUCUUUGCCGACUUCUACUCUGGCGAAAACGAUCGUACCGCUUGGAUCUUCAGCGCUGAUCACGGCAUGAGCACAAAGGGCAACCACGGCGAUGGCGACCCGGACAAUACGAGGACGCCGCUUGUAGCUUGGGGGUCAGGGGUCCGAAGUCCUCGUCCAGCGGAUGAGGCGCAGAUGGAUUCGCGUCAGAAGGAGGCGGAGAAGGACACGUAUUACGCUGGUUGGCGGGGCCUUGAGUCGUUGUGGCGCCAAGACGUUGAUCAGGCCGACAUCACAGCGCUCAUGGCUACGCUGCUCGGUCUACCUUUGCCUGCCAACUCAGAAGGAGUCUUGCCCCUCGACUACCUAGACCUCGAUGCUGAACAGUCGGCACGAGCCAUGUUUGCCAACGCACUAGAAAUCCUCGAGAUCUAUCGUGUCAAGCACGAGCAGCGUCGAGCCAGGACAAUCCGCUACGUGCCCUUCUCCAAGCUGCCGCCGGUUGGGGACGCAGCGCCAGGGUCAACGCAGGUCAACGACAUUCGUACUCUGAUCGCAACUGAGCACUACACCGAGGCCGUCGCAGCGUGUCAACGAUUGAUCAAGCUGUCACUUGAGGGCGCAAACUAUCUUCAGACGUACGAUUGGCUCCUUCUCGUCACUGUCGUCGCGCUAGGCUACAUUGGCUCCGUCCUGUACGGCUUUGCCUUCCUCCUCCGCAACUAUGUGCUUGAGACGUCCGCAACAAAGGAGGUGCGCAGCCGCAGCGGUCUCGCCAUCGUCGUGCCCAUGGUCAUCGCCCUGUGCGCCAGAUUCGCAGCGGAGAGAGCGCCCAUCACCUACUACCUUUACGUCGUCAUGACAGGUCUCUACUGGUCCUGGGUUAUCGAGGAGCGUCAUAUCCUCGUGCGUGGCAUCUCGCCGCGCUCGUCACGCUCCCUGAUUCCACUCGCCGUCUACGCGAUCGCGGCACUGGAGCUUAUUGCCCUCGGAUACAACGUCAGGCUGGCUUGGACUCUGGGUUUCUUCUUCCUUGGCUUCGUCUGGCCUUUCCUUACACUCGACGACGUAGCUAGAUCAAAGAAUGAGGGGACGAUCUUGCUCUGGGGCAUCUGCUGUAUCGGCUCUGGCCUCUUCUGCCUCUCUGAUGUUGACAAGCAAGAGAGCCGAAUGCUCCUCGCCCUCUCCGGCGUAUUCGUCGCUGCGGCUGGGCUGGCCGUCAGCUCGAAGCCGGAGUGGUUUCUUGGCGGCCCGACUGCACCGCGUGCGCAGCGAGUCAUCCAGGGGCAAGUUGCCCUCACGGUCGCUACGACGUGCGUGACGCUCUCCUCGUCAUGGCAUCUAGAGAACAAGCUGGGUCUACCCCUCAUCAACCAGGCGCUGGCAUGGCUCUUCCUCCUCACCUCCAUGACGCUGCCCUUCGCCUUGGGCUUCCGACGUGGGCAGCCAACAGCACAACGACUGGCCAUCAUAAUAUUCGCCUCAGCACCCGCCUUCAUCCUCCUCUCCCUGCGCGACGAGGCCCUCUUCUUCCUCUGCUUCACCGCCACGAUCCUCGUUUGGGCAAAGAUGGAAGGCAUCGUGCUCGAGGAACGAUUCAUUGCGGAGAGGAAAGCUGGCAAGGCCAAGCCCUCACUACCACGCCCACUCAAUCUGUACGACGUCUUUCCCUCACUCACCCUCCUUUUCCUCCUCCACGCCGCCUUCUUCGGCACGGGCAACGUAGCGUCCAUUUCCUCCUUCUACCUCAAACCAGUGUACCGCCUUGUGCCCGUCUUUUCACCUUUCCUCAUGGCCGCCCUCCUCAUUGCCAAGAUCCUCGUCCCCUUUGUCGUCCUUGCCUCGGUUCUUCAGGUUAUGUGCAAGCGCAAGGUCAGCAAACGCGUCACGCACCCGGAGACGGCCUACAUCGAGCCGGGCCGCUCCAAGGCCUCGAUAGAGCUGGAAGGCCCACCCUUGCUGGGCCCGAACAGUGUCGGUGGGCUGCACCUAAUUUCCUCCUCGUCGGUCCCACUACUCCUCGCAUCGAGCCUCUGCGCAGACCUGCUAGCAUUGCAUUUCCUCUUUCACGUCAAGAAUCAGGGCGGUAGCUGGCUCGAGAUCGGGCAGAGCAUCACGCAUUUCGUCAUGGCGAAUCUGCUGCAAGUCUUCAUGUUCGGCAUCAGCGUCGUAGCAGGAUGGGCGCUGGGAGAAGGGUGACGUGAAGGCUUGCGCCGCCGUGACUUUAAAACUUAAUGCCACCUGCACUGUCCCUCCUGCCUUCCAAGAUGUCAUUGGCCCCACCUCCGCCUUGCAUGCCCGCAGAGAACUUCCUCAUCGCGCUCCCAAUGGCAGCCAUGCCGUCGUCGCCCUCCUCCUCCUCCUCUUCGCU